CAUCUUGUGUGCGUUGCUAUUUACAUUUUACUUACGAUUUACGGCGAUACAUACAACAGAGAGGCGUCUUCUAGAAAUGCCAAAAACAUAAAAUCUUUUAUUUUGCCAUCAAUUUGGAAAGGAAAGCUUGCAAAUCUAUCUAUACAGCUGUCAAUAAAUAUUGCUUAGAGAUGUUCUACGCACACUUUGUCUUGGCCAAGAAGGGCCCUUUGGCCCGAAUUUGGUUGGCCGCCCAUUGGGACAAAAAACUGACUAAGGCACACGUCUUUGAGACAAACAUUGAGAAAUCUGUCGACGGAAUUCUGCAGCCAAAGGUGAAAAUGGCUCUCCGAACAUCUGGCCAUCUUUUGUUGGGUGUCGUCAGAAUUUACUCCCGCAAAGCCAAGUACCUUCUGGCUGACUGCAAUGAAGCUUUUGUCAAGAUUAAGAUGGCUUUUCGUCCUGGCAUGGUUGACUUGCCAGAGGACAACCGAGAAGCCAAUGUAAAUGCCAUCACUUUGCCAGAGGUGUUUCACGACUUUGAGACUGCAAUUCCAGAGCUUAAUGAUGUAGAUAUCCAGGCUCAGUUCAGCUUGAACCAAUCAAGAGCUGAAGAAAUUACCAUGAGGGAGGACUAUGGUUCCAUGGCCUUGGCAACCACUAGUGCUGCGCCAGGAUCAGAAAACUUGGGAGUGGAUGACGAAGGUUUUGGGGAUAUGCUGAGCUUUGAUCGAAACGAAUCUGGCCCAGCAGACCUUCUUAGAGAUGCAUCUGCUGGCGAUCAAGGAAAUUUGCUCUUUAGUGACCACAAUGUCACUGAUCACCGAGCCGAGAAGAGUGUACGACCUUCAACUUCAGCAGCCCCGCAGCCAAUGGACAUUGAUAUUCCCAUCAGGGAUGACGGAUUUGGUGGCAACCUUGGCCAAGAUAUUAUAGGCACUGGACUCUUUGAGGGUGGUCUCUUUGAUGAUGCCCCAUUAGAUGCCCCAGGACUACCUCCCGAAGGGUCGAGCGUACAAGAAGAAGCAGCCAGAGCUGCUGCUGCUGCAGCUGCGUUGGUUGGAGUUUCGAAAGGAGACCUUGGACGUGCUGCUCACUCAGAUGACUCGGAUGACGAUGGGAUGGACUUUGUUGGUGCUCCCUCGCCAAUGGGAGGCCAUAGUGAUGAUGAUGACCCCAGUAGACCUAGUUCUGCCCUCAUCAACGCUGGACUCGGAAUUGGCGGAGCAAACGCUAUUGUAGGAGUACCUGAUUUGGCUCAUCUUGGUCUUCCACCUGAUUUAGGAAGUGAAGCAGACCGAGCUGUUGAUCAAACCACCUUGAUCCACAAUGAAGAGGAGAGUUUUGCGUUGGCACCAGUUGAUACUGCCACCGUAAAGGGACUUUCGAAGGCUAAGAGGAAGAGAAAACUAAUUGUGGACGAAGUUAAAAAUAUAUCUGGAGAGGAAAUGAAAGCACAACUCUCAGACACCUCUGACAUAGUCACAACUUUAGAUCUGGCACCUCCUACAAAGCGGCUCAUGCAUUGGAAGGAGAGUGGCGGUGUUGAGAAGCUAUUUGCCCUGCCAGGAAGGCCCAUUCCGGCCAGGCAGCUCUUCAAGUGCUACUUGCGGCAUCUGACAUCCAAACCAUCAGAAAAUGAAGACUUUGGCACUUUUGGAGACUUGGACCGAGAACUUAUGUUGGAAAAUGUACGUGGAGGGCCGGAAACUUCUAUUCUUGGUCAGAUGGGAGACUUUGGCACGUCAGGCGUGGCUGAAGUUGACCAACCGAAUUCCAUGCUUAUGCCACCUAGGACUCCUGCUACUCCUCAAAAAGGAAGACCUGGCAGGAAACGCAAACUUCCCGAAGAAGAGCCUCUACACCCGCCUAUGAUAUUGGAAACUGCUCAGGCUCCUUUGAUGCCCCCGGUGAUGCCGCCAGACAUGUCAAACCUUUCCAACCUGCUGCCUCCUGAUCACUCCAUGCCCAGUGCAGACCACCUGGGCGUAUCCGUGUUAGGAAACCAACCUCAUUCCACCCCUGCACCAAUGAUGCACCAUGACCCAAGUCUGAAUGACCCUAGUUUGCUGAUGAGUGCCACCCCACACCAAAUGGGAGGUCAUAGUCUGAUGCACACACAGCAGCAACAGAUGCCAGCUAUGGAGAAUUUGGGAUAUGAUCAAAGCCAGGCUCCUCUGAUGGCCAACAUGGGCUAUGACGAUCAGCUGCCACCCGCAGUGACCCCUGGAGGUCAUGGGCCAACAACCCCAUGGCACGAUCUUGACAAUGAAGAAUUUCCGCACAGUGUUGGACCUCCUGAAGAGCAGCAAACGGAUGAGACGUACGAGCAGUAUGAGGAGAGAGUGCUGAACAAGAGGGCGGCCCAUAUGUAUCACAUUUUGAAAAGCAAACUGGACAGCUCGUCACAGAGGCCAAUGUUUUUCUCUGAAAUGACUCACCGCAACAGUCGCAAGCAGGUUGCACAAAAGUUCUACACCUUGUUGGUUCUGAAAAAGUUUGAAGCAAUUGAACUUCACCAAGAAAAGUCUUAUGCUGACAUUGGCAUCACUCCUGGACCAAAGUUUGACAACAACAAUCUUUAAAAGUUGUGAUGGAGAAGGCUAAGUUAUAGACUUGUAUCAUCCUGGUCUCACCUUCAUGACUUUGUUAGUCAUAUUGUAUAUUGUUGCUGUCUAGGAAAUUUUCCAAUCUCUGGGUGCGGCUCCACUAUCACAUUUUUUCUUAUGGGAAAAUGGAAGGGAAUCCUAUAUUUUUCCACGACAGCAACGUUAUGAAUAACAUUGUAAAUUCGAGUUCAUUUAUUUGUAAAUAGAAUACAUUUUGUCUUACAUUAAUAGCCAAUUCACAUAAUAGGAAAGCAUUGUUUUAAUCAGUUUUAAUAUAAUAUAUUGAAAAUUUGAACUGAGGUCGCAUCUAAUAAGAAGAGAAAAUUUAAACUAAAAUGUAUUUAUCGGGAAUUCACCAUUUGAGAAAUCGAAUAACAUUGGUUUUUAUGGCAGCCUCAUCUUAGAAUGAUUGAAUCUUUUCAAUCCUAAGACAUGUUGUACUAGUUGCAAAAUAAAAAAAUAUUGGCGUUGGAAAAAUCUAAAUUGGUUCAGCGUGGGGCUGUAUAGUCAGGCGAUCAAAGAUUUGUAAAGUAGGCAACCAAAGCCAAUUUUGUGAGCUUUUACAAAUGUUUGAUCGCCUGACUACAGCCCCACGCUGAACUUUGAUUUUUCCAACGCCAAUAUUUUUUAUUUUGCAUCUAGUACAACAUGUCUUAGGAUUGAAAAGAUUCAAUCAUUCUAAGAUGAGGCUGCCAUAAGAUCCAAUGUUAUUCGAUUUCUCAAAUGGUGAAUUUCCAUUGAGUACUUUGAAUUAAUUAUAGAUGUAACAAAUUUUUGUAGGUUGUGCAAAGCCAAAGUUUUUGUGAUCCUUUAUAUGUUGGUGUAAGUCAAGACAACUUGACUUUUCAACCAUUGCAGUAAAUUAAUUGAUUUGGCUCUGCACCUUCAUGCAACCUGAAUAUUGAUUAACUCAUUUAACCUUUGAAUGGGUCAUGAUUGAAUGGAUUAUGGAAAAAAAUAGUUAUUUAAAAUAAAUUUUAAGACGUGUAUUAAAUUAUAUAAACAACAAAAGCCACCUUUAAAUUCAAAUCGCUACGAAAACACUGUUUAAUUUGCUAUUCCUAUGUUAUAAAAAUAAACAUGCGAAACAUGCAUUGAAGAAAACAUU